GUAACUUCUCCUUUGCAUGCAACAAUGACCAUGCCAAAGCCAAGAAGGCCUGGUCAUAAACUAAGCCUCCUUUGUGGAUUUUUGACUGUUCAUCUUUGCUGCAUCCAUCAGUGUUCCACACAAAAGACAUGCCCAGACUGCGGCUCCAUGAGUAUCCCCUACCCUCUCAGUACCGAUCCCACCUGUGGUGAUCCGGAUUACUCGCUCCGUUGCGAUCCUGGGUCUCAAAAACUGUACUUCAACGCACUCAACGGCAGCUCCUAUCUGGUGAACCGGAUCAUAGCUUCCUCUCAGCGGAUGGUCGUGCAACCAUCGCCCUGGAUUGGCAACUCGUGCGUUACUCGUGACGCGCUAGUUAGCGAAGGCCUCUGGUUGAAUCAAUCUCUCCCCUUCAACAUAACUUCGUCGAAUACGAUCUUUUUGUUCGACUGCUCACCUCGGCUCCUUGUCUCUCCUCUCAACUGCACUUCCUCGAGCCUCUGCCACCGUUACCUGGAGAGCUCGGGACAUAUUGACAAAGCUCGAGCGGCUCAGUGUGCCGGCAGUCUGGACCCAUGUUGCACCUUCGUUGCUGGCGGCAUGCCUUCUGCUUACAAGAUCCGGCUCCACAGUUCGGGUUGUCAAGCGUUCAGGAGCAUCCUUUAUUUGGACCCGCAUAAACCGCCCAAUCAAUGGGAAGAGGGUCUCGAAGUACAGUGGGCCCCUCCACCUGAACCUCUCUGUAGAUCGCAGCUAGAUUGCUCUCGAAACUCCAAGUGCUCAAGAGUUGCACCAGAUGGUCCCCUACGCUGCCUCUGCAAUAAAGGUUACUUUCGUGACCGCACUCUAGGGACUUGCUCGAGGACGAAGAAACAUGCUUAUUCGACCCUCAGUAUAAAGAUAUCAACCAGUGUAAUUUCUUUUCUUUGCCUAACCACAGUAGCAGCUACUAUCACCCUAAGAAAGUCCUACAGGCUAUCUAAUAGGGCGAAACUGGCCAAGGCGAGAGAAGAUAUGUUGAAGUCGAGCACUUGUGGGAAAUCUGCUAGGAUGUUCAGCUUGAAGGAGGUGAAGAAAGCAACUAGCAAUUUCUCCAAAGACCGGCUCUUGGGAAGUGGCGGAUUUGGAGAGGUCUACAGAGGCGAGCUUCCGGAUGGGACUAUCGUGGCCAUCAAGUCAGCUAAAGUGGGGAAUAUCAAGAGCACACAACAGGUACUGAAUGAAGUUGGGAUACUAUCUCAAGUCAAUCACAAGAACCUAGUUAAGCCCCUCGGUUGUUGUAUGGAAGCCGACGUGCCGUUGAUGGUUUAUGAGUACAUCGCAAAUGGGACGCUCCAUGACCAUUUGCACAAAAAGAGGUCGACAUAUUUAGACUGGAUGACGAGGCUUAAAAUUGCUCUGCAGACUGCAGAGGCACUAGCUUAUCUCCAUUCCGCAGCGUACACGCCCAUUUACCACAGAGACGUCAAAUCCACAAAUAUCUUAUUGGACGACGACUUCAAUGUGAAAGUUGCAGAUUUUGGGCUCUCGAGGCUUGCCCAGCCAGGUCUUAGCCACGUUUCAACAUGUGCUCAAGGAACAUUAGGCUAUUUGGACCCGGAAUACUACCGCAACUACCAGCUGACUGACAAGAGCGAUGUGUACAGCUUCGGUGUCGUGCUGCUCGAGCUUCUGACCUCGCAGAAGGCAAUUGACUUCACUCGAAAUGAGGACGAUGUCAACUUGGCCAUCUUUGUCAGACAACGAGCUAAAAACGGGGAUCUGAUGGGAGUUGUAGACAGGAAGCUGCUUAUGACGGAACCUUCUACUGAUAUAUUGAACAGUGUGAAGCUCUUCUCGGAGCUGGCAUUCGCCUGUCUCGGGGAGAGAAAGGAGGACAGACCAAGCAUGAAGGAUGUUGUCAAAGAACUCGAGUGCAUCAUUCAACCCGUAUGUCAAGCCGACUGGCAGAGUGUUCCGGAGUCGAUGGGACCGCAAUCAUCGGAUGGAACUUAGUUUCAUGAUCUUUUUUUGUCUGCCAUGUCAAUUGAAUGACGUUACCUUUGAAAAAUCACAUCAGAAAAAGAGAUGGAGCGUUGCUGAUGUCGCGGAAACGACAAUGCCAAGCGGUUUCGAUAAGAAAGCGGUAUGAGGAAUAUAGAUUCGGUGGGUCAGGAGAGGAAAGAGGGAAAGUUAAGGGAUCAGAUGCUAAGCUUUGAGCAGAAAGUGUGAUCCAUGAAAUGUGGACCUGUGGAUCUUGUUUGAGAUUGGUGGAAUCUUUUGAGGGUCUUGUAACUUUGGCAUUAUAAAAGAUGAGGCGAGAGAUGGACUUUCAAGUAUUUACUCUGCUUUCUUUUAUGUUCUUUUCUUUUUUUGUUCUUAUUUUCUUGUCUGUUCAUACGAUCCAAAGCUUUCUUGGUUCUGUUAUUUGUUUUGGAUCCAGCUAAUACAAGGAGGCCAAGAACUAGGCAUGCUUUGUUGUGUUUAAUAU